AUGUUCAGCACAACCUCACGGGAAUCGAAGUUUUUCCCAGCGCUCAUGAAGAUCUGCGAUAGCAUCUUCACAACCGCGCACGCCAAGGAGGAGGCCAUCGUUAGUGUUUCGCUGGCCAACAACGCCCUGACUACCAUAGCCUCGGUUACUACACUUUCGCAAACAUUUCCAGCACUCAAAAACCUCGACCUCUCGAACAAUCAACUGAAGAACCUCACCGCGCUUGAUGGAUGGCGGUGGAAAUUCCGUAAGCUCGACCAAAUUAUACUUACUGGAAAUCCCAUUGAGACGGAGGUGCCGACAUAUAAAGACGACAUCGUGAAAUGGUAUCCUACCCUCACUACUCUCAACACAAUACAAAUAAGAUCCUUGGAGGAUGCUAGAGCCGCGGUGAAACGCAAAUUACCAAUCCCAAUCCUUGGGCCUAGCUUUCGUGACGAAGCAGCUAUUAGCGAGACCUUUGUCAAACACUUCUUCCCUGCCUACGAUGGAGAUCGCACCGCUCUGGUCAAUGGAUAUUACGAUGCCCAAUCGACUUUCUCUAUCAGCAUCAACCUUUCCGCUCCCCACAUCGCCGAAACCACGAGCCAGAAACCUCCUGGCUGGGAAGCAUACCUCAGAAAGAGCCGAAAUCUAACCAAGAUCACCCACCCGCCAAGUCGAAUGUCACGUCUAUACACCGGUGCGGAGAGUAUCAAAGAUGGGUUCACAACCCUACCAGUCACUCGUCAUCCCGACAUAAUGGCAGAGCCGCAAAAAUGGUGUGUCGAGUGUCACACCAUCCCAGGUUUACCAGACCCAACCGGACAAUCAUCAAGCGGCGUCGGUGGGCUCAUGGUCAUGUUGCAUGGAGAAUUCGCGGAGGUGGAUGUUUCAAGCGGCCAAUCAACAGCAAUACGGAGUUUUGAUCGUACGUUUGUCUUGGGGCCAGGAGGAGGGGUUGGAGGUAUCCGCGUUGCGUGUGAUACACUUGUCUUGAGACAGUAUGGAGGCCACGAUGCGUGGCGGCCUGAAGUAGAGGAUAGCGCCUCCGAUCCAACGGCACAAGCACAACAUCAGAUCAAUGUGCCGGCGGGAUUCGCAUUGUCCGCGCCUGGCAAAACAGAGGAGCAGGUGCAGAAGGAGGUGCUGGCGGUGGAGCUGAGCAAAGCUACAGGGAUGACAUUAGAGUUCUCGGGAUUGUGCCUGGAACAGUGUGGGUGGAAUUUGGAAGGAGCGGCAGCAUCAUUUGGGCAAGCUAAGGCGACCUUACCGGCAGAGGCCUUUGUUACAUCAUAA